UGAUGCCCGGGAGUGAUCUGGUGAUGACUGAUGCCUUGAUGGCUCUAGCCAGGGAUACGACUCCCUGGCUCUAGCAUGCUGACUAGAGUCUGCACGUGCACACGUCCUUUCAAUCUGCUGAGCGACAGCUAAAUCUUCAAACUACAUGAUUGUACAAAGACAGCUCAUGCUCAAGCCAAGGCCAAACAAAAAAGUAGUUGGAAAGAAGCAUUCUUCACCAAACAAGAGUCUCCUCUCAGUGGGGUGCGGGUGGAUUCAAUUCUGCGCAGAGAUAACCAGAUAACUGAACUGAUAUUGCGGCCAGUUAUUGUGCCAAGUGCGCCUUUUAGCAUCGGUAGUUGAACAUCAAGCGGUGCAGCCUGUGUGCGUUCUGUCAGUUGCACAAUAUUUUCCUAAGCGGAGCUGCAGGUGUGCCAUACCGUUCGAGCCCUUGGAGGCGAUUAGCGACGCUGCGUGGAGCCUCCCAACGCAGCGAUAUCGACGUACCAAGAAGCUGUGCCACUGUAAACUCGGUGCCGGGUGGGCAAACUGAUCCAUACUACAUGUGCACGGAGAGCAACGCUACUUUAUCCGAAUAAUCUCGGGUGCUCGUUUUCGGAAUUAUUUUGAAACGCUGCUCUCCUACGUAAAUAACAUAUAGAGUGGUGAUUUGUACGAAAGUCACUGCCCCCGGCAUGACGUCAUCACAGUUUCAUGACCACAAGGUGCAGCAGCGGAAGGAGCAUCUGCCGUUUGAUGUCGAGAGCUGGUACGACUGGCUGGGUGCGGGGCACACGUUCGCGACGCACUUCGUCGAGGUGAGCCUGGCCGAGGCGCAAGCCCUGCUACGCUGGUAUCACCAUCGCUAUAACAGCCGCGAUGCUCCCGCCAGCGAGCAGGUGCGAGCGCUGGUGGAGUUGCGUGAUCGCUUGACGCCGAUCCUGGACGAGGCGGGCAAGGACUGGUUCAUUCGGCUAAGCUCCAGGAGUCCUAAGGAUGCAGGCUUUCUGGAUAAGAGUAUGUUCGAGGAAGAGUUGGAACGAUGGCGUAAGGUCAUGCAAGAAGACGCCGAACAUCUCAAUGCCAGGCGUUCCCAGGCGGAUCAGAGGAGUGAGGAGGCAGAUGGCACAUAUCACCAUCCUCCUGACAUGGAUAGGGAGAAGGCCGAUAAACUCUUGGAGGCCAAUGCCCAGAUGCUUGCUUUCUCGCAGAUCACCUGGGAAAACCAGAAAACGAAAGGAGGGCCAGCAACAUCAGGCGCGGUACUCGAGCACCUGGUUUCCAGCGAGCGUGUCCUUGUCGACUUGGUGGAGGCCACCGAAGCCGAGGAACUCUUCUCAAUGAAGAUCAUUGCGCGACAGUGGGAACCGACGCUGCGGCACGACUUCGAGUUCCGCGGCUUUGUGAACAACGGUCAACUGAAUGCGCUGAGCCAAUACAAUCACUACUGCUAUUUUCCGCACGUCCUGCGAGAGAAAGCGGCACUGGAAAAGAGCAUAGUAAAAUACUGGCAAACUGAAAUCAAGCCACGGAUUCCCCUGGACAGCUAUGUGGUUGAUUUUGCAGUCCUUUCUGACGGGCGUGUGACGGUUGUCGAGCUCAAUCCGUUCAAGACUACCACCGGCGCAUGCCUCUUUUCCUGGAGCCAUCACAGGGAAAUCCUCGAAAGCAGACCAUUCGAGUUCCGCAUCCACGAGGACAUCGUGCCGCAGCUGCCAAACUACGUGGAGCACGCUUUGCCAGAGGCAUUCCGCCAGUCGGCGAAAGACGAGUCCCUUGCGUCACUGAGCGACCUACAGAGACUGUACGCGGGAGAGUCACAGACAUCAUCGCCACCUCGAUGCAGUAUCCAAUGAGAUGCUUCUGCUGUGCCUGUCAACGAUCCGAACAUUUUGGGAAUGGCAUAAUGCUUACGAUCUUAUAAGUAGCGACUUUGGCGGUUGUACAUGUUUUAGACUUAGUUGGUUACUCCUACGUGGAGUUCCCGCUUCCCGCCAGGUUAAUUGACACUUGACCGACUCACGGCUGCUAUGUAGAGCACACAAGGAGCACCUUGAUCAUUACAUUAGAUUGUCUUUGUAAUAUGUUUAAUGAUCUGCCCGGCGUUCGCUGUAACACGUGCUUCUGGCCGAUAGGGAGACAGACCUUGACAUUUGGUAGACUUUACGAGUGAGUCCAGCUGAUUCAUCUGUCACGCACAUAUGCACAAGCACGUGCACAUGCGUGCAUGCCGGCAUGCGCCCACACACACACACACACACACGCACGUACACACACACACACACCUUGGACCUUGGACGCCCAUCGCCGUAAGGCGAUGAUAGCUAGCGAGCUGAGCAAUAUCUUGCAUGGCGUUUGAGGUCUCCUGACCGACCAAAAACGCGACCACAGGGGCAGGGGAAUGUGUCCACCCUCUGCACAGGAGCGCGACGAUGCUGUGUAAGUUGCCUCCAAUCUGCGCGGUUCUGAGCUGCGUCAUACCAGCCCCUAUCCGAGAUCUCUGCCUCCUUCAAGUCAGCGCUGAUGACAUCCCGGUACCUCUUCCUGGGACCAUGGCGAGGGCGGGUUGCUGAGAGCUCCCCGAAGAGAACCUGUUUCGGCAAGCGGCCCGAAGCCAUCCUCGCACACACACACACACACACACACACACACACACACACUGAGCCACUCACAGACAAACCUGCAUACUAGCUGGUGGUGAUUGCCUCUCUGCAAACGGUAACAAGCAGCUGCUCCAAUCUAUGUCCACCACAUGCCUUGCUUCAUCACUCUACCAUGCACGUGACGGUGCUGCAAGACCAUGCACACCCACUGGCAGACAGAAUAGUAAUUAUGCUUGCACCAUGUAAGCCGUGCAACCUUUUAUUACUCUUCUUGCAGUUCAAGUUUUCUUUUAGAAAAACAGUUAAAACUGUUUUUCUCCUGUGUAUUUAAUACACCACAUGUAAUACUUCUUUGAGGUAGUUUUUACUUACAACUUGACUCCACUCGUGUUUAUCACCAUUGUGCAUGAAGAAUUGAAGAUUGGCAUGAGCUUGA